GGGGCGCGCGGGACAGUGGCCUUUAUGGGAAAGUUUUCCUCCAAGGUCGGACAAAGGCGGUGCCACCAUGGCUCGCAGCGCGGCGGACAAAGUCUCCGGCACCGAGGAUCUGGAAUCCCUUGACACCUAUAUCCAGAACACACUGUCUGCCCUCUACCCACCUUUUGAGGCCACGGCAGCCACGGUUCUCUGGCAGCUGUUCAGCGUGGCAGAGAGACUCCACGGUGGGGAUGGGCUGCGCUGCCUCACUGAAUUCCUCAUCCCAGCCAAGAGGGCCCUACAGCACCUGCAGCAGGAAGCCUGUGCCAGGUACACAGGCCUCAUCUUCGUGCAUGAAGGCUGGCCGCUGUGCGUCCGUGAGAAGGUGGUGGUGCAGCUCGCAUCCCUCCGCGGAGUCAGGCUCAGGCCUGGGGACUUCUACCUGCAGGUCACGUCAGGGCGGAAGCAGUCAGCCAGACUGGUUUUAAAAUGCCUCUCCCAGCUUGGACGGGGCUCAGAGGAAGUCACUGUCCCGGAGGCCAUGUACAGCUGCGUCUUCACAGGAGAGUUUCUGGAAUGGCUGAACGGGGAGCGGACCAGUGUCCCCUUACAAAACUGCUUGCUGACCUCAGGCUCUGCCGUCUUCCGCACCCCAUGGAGCAGUGUCACAGACCCCAUCUUUGUACCUACAUUCAGAACUGCCCUGCCCCACUGCAGCUGUCCCGGGCCUGAGUGGCCGCCCCCACAAAGCACCUCAACGGCUCUGGCCCCGGUGUCAGUGGUGGCCAACACCCAUCCCCGGGAGGCCACCCCUUCCAGUAGCACCGCAGCCCUGCCCCACUGCCAGAGGCAUCCUGGCGGUGACCAGCCCAGCUUCCAACCUUCUCCAGGAAGAGCUGGGUGGGAAGGCCCUCGGAGCCCGUUUGGGAGCUCCAACGGAGGCCUUGUAGGGGUUGGGCCCUCAGAGCUGGGCCCACGGGAAGGACCAAGAAGGAGCCUGGACGCCACAGACAAAAGGGACAGCCCCCAGUCCCUCACUGUCGGUGAGGACAUGGGUAGCCCAAGCUCCAGAAGGCAGUUGCCCAGGGACCCAGCCAGCGUGGAGAGCAAACGUUGGUUCAGGACGUCCUACAUGGAGGCGCUGCGGAACCCCAUGCCCCUGGGCUCCAGUUCUGAAGAGUCCCUUGGAGACGAGGCCUGCAGCUCCCAGACCAUGGGGGCCAGGACAACAGCCAGCCCAGCCCCAAAGGAAACGCCCAGCCCAUGGGGAGACUCCAUGGGGAUCCCAAGUCAGGAAAAAUGUCCAGGAGCCACAAGGACCACCCUUCCCAGGAGGUCUCGGUCCUGGGACAGGUCCCUCAGGAGCCGGCGAGGCGACACCCGGCGGUCCUCCCACCACUCAGUCGCCUGCAGGCUGGGAGGUCACUCAGGAGGACAAGCUGAGGGGACCAGAAGCGCACGCUCCGGCCGCUCACCCCACACCGGGGCCCAGAGUCCAGCUAGUGUCAGCGAGGAGACAGCCUGUGUCUUCACCAUGAGCCUCACUCGGAAACGGAGUCGAGUACUAGUCUCUGUAGGGAGAAGCGCCCGCCGUGCAGGCACCGUCCGUGGACAUGCAGGCUCCGUCUCCCCGGACAGGGCAGCAGCACGGGACGCGUGGUCGGACGGCGCCCAAGGUCUCGCUGGUGCCGACGCAGACAGCAGCCCCUACCGUGGGCCCGAUCCUGGCGGGGCUGCAGGUGUGCCUGAGCCGCUGUGCCCCGAGGGAGGAGGACAGCCACCCACCACGGGAGACGUGUCCAGCCAGAUGCCCAGGCAGGUGCUGGAGGUCAGCCGGGAGCUCCUGCAGUCGGGGCUCCUCACCCUCCCCGGAACCCGAGACCACCAAGGGAGGGCCGUGGUGCAGGUCUGCACGAGGGGCCGGCUCUGGUCCAGCAAACACGUCUCCAGCGCCGAGCUGACCCGCCUGCUGCUGUACUUCCAUGGCAUCCCCAGGAAGGAGGUGCGGGAGCUGGGGCUGGUCGUCGUGGUGGACGCUCGUGAGGGUCCAGCUGCCCCUGCUCUCUUCCAGGCUCUGGCAGGGCUGCAGAGCACGUCUCCUCCCAUAAUUCAUAGUAUCGUGCUGUUGGUGAAUAAAGAAUCGGAGUUUAGGCCUGACAAGGAUGGAACAACUCAGUGUGAGGUAGUGGGCUCCCUGAAGGCCUUGCACAAGCUGGUUGACAGCUCGCAGCUGACCGCAGACCUUGAUGGCUCCUUUCCCUACAGCCACAGUGCCUGGAUCUGCUUCCGUAGGAAGCUGGAGCCUUUCACCACAAAUUGCAAGGAUGCCAUUGUUUUCCUACAGAAUUCAGUCCUCUCCCUGAAUACCCCCCGGACCCUGAGCACAGCACAGGAGGUCACAGACCUAAUUGGCAAGCACAAAGCGAUGAUGAAGUGUGUGCUAGAAGAUGCCCUCCUGGUGGCCCUCCGACUAGAGGGUGGCGCCGUGCUGGCGCGGCUGAGGACGGAGCAGCUGGGCACCAGCCAAGACUGCCGGGAUGCCGUCGAGGCCGCCUCCAAGCUAUACAACCAAGUGGACGAAGAGGCACAUCGGCUUGUCCUCGCCUCCAACAGGUGUCUGCAGGAGCUGGAGAGGCUGCAGGGAGUGAAGGCACUCCAGGAGCGGCAAGGCCAGGUGGAUGAGUGGAGGCAGUGGAGCCAUGAGCGCCUGGAGCUCCGGGGCCCAGAGCCAGGCAUGGAAUGUGUGCAGAGCUGUCCCCAGGAGGCCGCAGAGCUGACGAUGCAGAGCUUCCCCGAGGCCAGCACGGCGGCGGUGGCCCUGGGUGGCCCACGGGUGAUGCGGCAGCAGCACCCCUUAGAGCUGCAGACCCAACUCUGCUUCCAAGAGGCCCUGUCUGGGGUUGGCCCAGACCCUGGCACUCCGCCCCUAGACCAGAGAGCCCUGGAGCCUGAGCUGGCCCCGGAAGCUGAGAGGAGGCACCGUGAGCUGUCCCGGGCCCCACCCCCUGACCCAGACAGCCGCACUGGGCAGCAGGCUCAGCUGCUGUCUGGCGUCCCUAGACGAGCCCCUCCGUGCAGGCAGGAGACCGAGCCCCUGGCCCCAGCCAUGCCUUCCCCACAGGACAGCACCCCCUGCUCCUCCGAGCCCAUCCAGACACCCACCACCCACCCCAGGAAACAGCCCCUGAAGAAAAUGAUGAGGAAAACACGAAGCUUUGAGAUGGCACAGCUUGACAGCGGGCCCAGGUACGGCCCCUGGCCAGGCCACACCGGGGUCUUCAUCGGGGGCCUAGAGGUGACCAGCACCGUGGCCUCUGAGAAGAAGCCCCCACCAAGGCCACAUGCCGAGAGCCCCCUGGUCACUCGGAACUGGAGUCUGUCCUCUCCCUCCAGGACCCACCCCUCCGAGGAGGACGGAAGGAGGCGAGCAGGAAGCAGCCGCCGGCAGCACAUAAUGGCUGAGAUGGUCUCCACGGAGAGGGAGUACGUUAGGUCCCUAGGGUACGUCAUCGACAACUACUUUCCAGAAAUGGAAAGAACAGACCUGCCCCAGGCCCUUCGAGGGAAGCGCAGCGUUGUUUUUGGGAACCUGGAGAAGCUCUAUGACUUCCACGGCCAGCGUUUCCUGACAGAGUUGGAGCGCUGCCAGCCCUGCCCACUAGCAGCGGGCCGCGGGUUCCUGAGACACGAGGAAGAGUUCAGCAUGUACGCGCUCUACAGCAAGAACAAGCCCCAGUCGGACGCCCUGCUCUGCAGCCACGGAAACGCCUUCUUCAAGGACAAGCAGCAGCAGCUGGGCGACAAGAUGGACUUGGCCUCCUACUUGCUGAAGCCCGUGCAGCGUAUGGGCAAGUACUUGCUGCUGCUGCAGGACCUGGUGCGGGAGGCUGGCGGCUGCCCCGCCGGGGAGCAGGAGCUGCGCGAGCUCCAGGCCGCCGCGGACAUGGUCCGUUUCCAGCUGCGUCACGGCAACGACCUGCUGGCCAUGGACGCCGUCCGAGGCUGUGACGUGAGUCUGAAGGAGCAGGGGCCGCUGAGAUGCCAGGACGAGUUCAUCGUGUGCUGCGGGAGGAGGAAGCACCUGAGGCACGUGUUCCUCUUCGAAGACCUCAUCCUGUUUAGCAAGACCAGGAAGGUGGAAGGGGGUUACGACACCUACACGUACAAGCAGUCCUUCAAGAUGGCGGAGAUUGGGAUGACGGAGAAUAUUGGAGACAGCGGCUUGAGAUUUGAGAUCUGGUUCCGCAGGCGGCGGAAGUCCCAGGACACCUACAUUCUCCAAGCCAGCUCUGCAGAGGUCAAGUCGGCCUGGACCCACGUGAUGGGGCAGAUCCUGUGGCGGCAGGCUCUGCGGAACAGAGAACUCAGAAUGCAAGAAAUGGUGUCCCUGGGGAUAGGCGACAAGCCGUUCAUGGACAUCCAGCCCAGCCAUGCAGCCAUAAGUGACCGGGCUGUCAAGAAGGGAGCAGAGUUACGGACCCGAGCAUCCGUGGUUGUGCCCCUCUGUGACCAUGCUGCCCCCUUUAAGAGACCACAUUCCACCAUCUCAGACAGCAGUACCUCCUCCUCGGGCAGCCAGUCAUCCUUGGCCCUGGGGCCACUGAGCCCGAAGUCAUCAGCCAGCCCAGCCCUGCUGAGCUCCACCCACUGCCCCUGGCCCACUGACUUGCACGCCUGCUUCCAGGAGGAGGAGGAGCUGGAACAGGAGCCCGGCAGCCUGCCUUCCCUACUGACCGAGGGCACGUCAUCGGGGGACAAUGGCCUCGGGCUCCCAAAGCUGUUCUCUGAGGAGGGCCCCAGGAGGGGUGCACAGGUGCCCACGCUCAGCCAGCACACCACGAUGUCAGCAGGGGAGAGCCCAGACACAGCCUUGCACGUGCACACAGACGUGUCCUCCCCAACAGAGGGAUGGGGCGACCAGGGAAAGGGGCCCCCAAAGAGGAAGCCCCUAGUCUCGCUCGGCUGA